AUGGGUCCGCAGUGUGGCUCAACAGCUCUGAAGCUGAGCAAAAAGAGACGCCUUGUCGGCCCUUGCCACUUGGCGACUUGGCCCUUUGGGUGCGAGUUGCGGGGCAUGGGCAAGGCGCUUCGCCGGCUCGUGUUCCUUAGUGCACUUUGUUGGGCAGUUUGCAGCAGAACAUGCUUGCCAGAUGCAAUUGCGCCAGAAAACCUGACGGAAGUGACAAUUGCGGGAGUGACCAUGCCCAUUGGAAUUGCAGUGGCUAAUUGGGACUCCAGCUGGAUUGUCAGUGAGAUCUUGGCAAUUUUGCUUUCCGACGUGAUGGGCCACAAAGUUGUAAAGACCGGGCGGCCGAAUGGUUUCGGAACUUUGCUGGCGGUGACGGGGUGUCCAGCAGGCUUCAACAACUACAGCGAAUGCGAAUGGCCUCCGACAUACCAUGAACACCAGUCCCACCAGCCUGCCUUCUUAUCUGUGCUCAGCGAAAUGGGCGAGGAAAAAGCUCCGGCGAAUUUGGGAUCGGUUGGAUUUCAAGGCUAUGAAGGGCUGUUUGUGAUGCAGAGGGCUUAUGAGAAAUGUCAGGCCGAUUUCGGUCUGCAUUUGCAGUACUACGGCAACUAUAACCUCUCGUGGUUUCGGCCCGACCUCUGCACAUCACAGAUGGACGCCCUCAAUGAUACGGACCUAGCGACGUGUGCGGAUGCUGUUGACGCCAACUACCCAAGUACGGCGCAACUCUAUUUUGAUGCAACAGGUGAUGCAGAUGGCGUUCAGAGCGUCAACGGCGCGAUGGUGUUGAACUGCCUUCGAGACAGGUGGUGGAUUGCUCCUAGCUGCCGGGCGGACCACAGGCGAUGUGCCGCAGUGAUGGCCUACGCGGGCUGGGGUGUGUACAUUAUGAUCCAACAAGCUGCUGCUUAUAGCAUGCCUUUGGCCUUUACGAACGCGAAAGAUUAUUCUCGAUACAUCUCGCUGAACAUGCAGAUCGAAUCGACUGCGUACUACUGGAGCCCCGAUAGCACCUUCGCGGACGUGUUGCCCUUAGUGGUGGAGCUGCCGGCAUACAAUCCGGGUGAGUACCGGGCAGGCAUCUACAAGACUAUGUCCUCCAGGCGCAGCUGGAGCACCAAAAAGAUAUUACAGGAAAACAACAAGGACAACUGGAGAUUUUGGUUAGAAAAAUAG